CUAAAUGCUUUAUAUUAUCCUAUUCAUUCACCCUUCAAUUAUUUAGUUACAUGACAUCACCAUUAAGCCCCUUUUUUAAGCAAUUGAAACCAAACCUAUUCAAGCAAGGCACUGCAUAGACGCUUAAAAUCCUCGAAGCUUCCUAAAAAGCUUGAAAUUGUCUCCCAAAAAUGUCCGUCUUCCUCUCUCUCUUGCUUCUCUUCUUCACCGCCCCAGUCUCACCAUCCUCUUCCCCAGACCGUUACACCAAAUCCCUACCCUCCAAUCACAAACCCAGAGAAUACUUAGAACUCACUCGUCCCCUACCGUCCGAUUUCCUAGUCCCAUCAUGCUCAAAACAAAUCCUACGUCACUCCUUCGCCGACACAAUCAACGCCCCUCCUUUCUCCACCCUCUACUCCCCGCCGUCCAAUUGCCUCUCCCCUUGGUCCCACGUGGCACUCGAGUUCCGCGCCGAGUCAAGAGGCGAACAGUACGACCGCAUAGCCGGCUUGUGGCUCGGCGGAGCUGAGCUUCUCCGCACAAGCACGGCGGAGCCGACCAGGUGUGGAAUCUUCUGGAAGGUUCGGAAAGACAUCACAAGGUACUCCUCUCUCCUCGUUCGCUCCGACCUUAACCUCACCAUGAUGCUCGAAAACAUCGUUAACCAUGUCUACACCGGCGUUUACCACGUCACCGUUAGUAUCUUUUAUUACAAAGAUAACACCGUUAGAUCUCCUCCUCCAUCUCUGAUUUCAGAGAGGGUUAACACGUGGCAAGGUCUUGGCGGUCUAUAUGACCCGCCAGCUGAUUUUAUAAUCCCAAUAUCGGAUCGGGGCGAUAAGGGGUUUUGGUUUCGAAUCGAAUCCGAAGAUGUACAAUCCAAAAGUAUCCGAAUUCCACGGAAUACUUACCGUGCCGUUUUGGAAUUGUACGCGUCGUUUCACGGAAACGACGAGUUCUGGUACUCGAACCCGGCGACUUCGUAUAUCAAAACCAACAACCUAACUACCGAACGAGGUAACGGAGCUUAUAGAGAGGUUUAUGUCACGAUUGAUGGGAAAUUUGUCGGGUCGGAGUCUCCGUUUCCGGUUAUGUUCGCGGGCGGGGUUAACCCGUUGCUUUGGGAACCGGUUGUGGCAAUUGGAGCGUUUAAUCUUCCUUCUUACGAUUUUGAUUUGACACCAUUUUUGGGCAUGUUGGUGGAUAAAAAAGCUCAUAGGAUUGGGUUUGGAGUGACUGACGGAAUUUCGUAUUGGCUUGUGAAUGCCAAUUUGCACCUUUGGGUUGAUCAUAGCUCGCGAAAAGUUAAAGCAAAGUCUGUCAUUUAUGAGAGUCCAAGAUUGAAGAUUAAGCGUAAAGAGGAUUUUAAGCUUCUUGAUGGGUCAUUCAAAGUAGAGGCAGAGAGGAAAGCUAAGUUUGUAGGGUGGGUUAAGUCGAGUUUAGGCAAUUUGACUACGAUUUCUUCACAAAACUACAGGUUGAAGAAUACAGUAAGAUUUGAGAUGAAUGGAGCUUAUAAAUUCGUUAAGCAGAAAAUUAAAGCAGUGAGAUAUGUGAAGGUGCUUAGCGAUUUAGGCAGCGUGAUUUCUUGGUUUAGUGUUCAUAGGAGAUACCCUCUUAUUGUUGUUACUUCGAAUUUACCUGGACCGAUGAAGAAGAAGGAUACGUACAUGCUUGUCACUAAUGUUUCACAUGUGUUGAAAGAGAGGUAUAGACAAAAAAGUUUUGUUAGUAUUGUUCAUAAUGUGCAGGAUUCUGAAGGAUGGAUGAUGGUGAAGGAUCAUUCGGUUCUCUCUGGUGCAGCCACUACCAAACAAAGCUUUAGUUACAGGGAUGACUUUAGAUGCUACACGCGGACUGUAAAAUCGAACGAUGGUAAGCUCAUUAAAGACAAAACCACCUCUGCUUGCCUUUCUUCAGUCUAAUCUCUUGUUUCAGAAUUAGGAAGAAUGGUUGCAAUCUUUUUUAUUAUUUUUUUUAAUUUUUUUUUUUUUUUGGUCAAAUCUUUAUAGGUGUAGUUGUGUAUGUGAAUUUGUGUAAUAAUGUGAAUUUGUAUGAUUUCGUUUAAAUUAGAAUGGUAAAAAAGAUUACAUUUGAUCAA